UCUGGCUGGGAAGGAGGAGAGGGGCUGGGGACAGAAAGGAGGCCAGGCCCGGAGAAGGGGAGAUGCCUGAGGGGUGACGGAGAGGGACUGGCAGGAGCCCAGAAAGGCGGCGGGCAGGUGCUGGGCUGCCCAAGCCUGGAAGCAGCAGCCCUCAGCUUGAGCUCCCCGGGGGUGGGCCAGCACCCAGUGCCGAGAUGGGGGCCCUGGAGGAGGAGCUGCAGGACACCGUACAGGACGUGCUGGGCAAGCUGAAGAGCCGCCAGCUGUUCCAGUCCAGCUGGGACACUGCCGCCUUUGCCGUCUUCCUGGUCUUUGUGGGCACCGUGCUGCUCCUGAUGCUGCUGGUUCUCCUCCACUGCUGCUGCUCCUGCGGUCGCCACCGCCGCCCCUCCAGACCCCAGAAGGACCACCGCAGGGGAAUGGAUAACUUGGCCCUGGAACCAUAGUGCAGGCCCUGCUGCCCCUCCGCCCUGCCCUGCUGCCAACCCAACAAGCCUGGCCUCCUGAGCCCAA